CUCCACAGUAUGGCAGCAGACACCUUAAAACGUGUCACAGCCUACUCACGUGAAACCAUUUAGGAAGCUUCCAGACAGACAGACAGACAGACAGAUAAUAUGCCUGUAUUCCUGUUGGUGCAGUUUCACCCCCUCCCCUCUUCGUUCACAUCUCUUCCCUCCGUAGAAGCCUAACGUCACGCCUACUGUUUGGGUAAUGUGAUGUGUUCUCGCGACAUUUCCCUCCCCAGAAAAAGAUUGACGCGAUCGAUGACAUCUCGCGAGGCCCCCUUCAAUAGGAGCCCACCCUUCAGUGAUGCCGACUGCAGUGUGUAUAAUAGCAGUGAGGGCAGCUCCGGGAGUCUAGGAGGAGCUGCAGCAAGGUCGACAACAGCAUCCUGCUCUGAACAACAGACAGACUGGAGGUGGACGGGAAUUAGUCCGAGUUUAAGUACUAAGAGUUUUUUUUGGCGAUUUCCUGCCGCGGAAGAGGAAGGAGGAGAGUGGCUGAAAGUUUCCAUCCUGUACCGAGGCAGCUAACGAGCUAUCCUUUACUACUAGCGCUCCCCGCUUGCUGCUUUGCGCCUUCUCUGGCCAGGCAGAGCAGCGUGCUCCUCCCUGUGAAUAAGAAGACAGUUGAGUGUUUGUCACGGGGUGACCCCCGGGCUUCCACACUUCCUACAUUUAGUUUGUGCGCCAUAACGUGUUUUUUCCCAACUCUGUUUUUCACGUUCAUUGGUGUUUUUUUUGUGCCAUGUCAGCGCCAUCCUCCACACCCUCCGCCCCGGCAGAGAGCGCCGCGACGGAAAAUGAUUUUCUAGCCCCGGAUGCGGGGCCGAGGCCGCCCGGUCCGACGCCCAGUCAGAGCCGGUUCCAGGUAGACAUUGUGACUGAGGCAGCGGGCUCCACCGAAGAUAAGUCUCCGAGCUCAGACGCCUCCACCACUGUCCCAUCCGGCGAUAAGGCCACUCCCGUCGUCCCCCUGGAAGGUCCUGGUGCUGACCCAGGUGUUGGCGGAGAGGAAGCCAAAGGCCGGUUUCGUGUGGUGAACUUCGCGGAUCCGAGUGAAGCGGGGAGCCCGGCCUCUCCGGAGGCGCCGGCUGAUGGGCUGCAGAACGGGGACACAGUGAUGAGCGAGACCAGCUUGCAUUCAUCCACAGGAGGCCAGCAUCACUAUCACUAUGACACCCACACCAACACAUACUACCUGAGGACUUUUGGCCACAAUACCAUCGAUGCCGUGCCCAACAUCGAUUUUUACCGGCAGACAGCAGCGCCACUGGGGGAGAAACUCAUCAGACCCACACUGUCGGAGCUGCACGACGAGCUAGACAAGGAGCCAUUUGAGGAUGGGUUUGCUAACGGUGAUGAGCUGUCCCCGGCUGAGGAGGCUGCGGCUAAAGAAGCAGCCGAGUCCAAAGGAGUGGUCAAGUUUGGCUGGGUUAAGGGAGUGCUGGUGCGCUGCAUGUUGAACAUUUGGGGUGUGAUGCUCUUCAUCCGCAUGUCAUGGAUCGUGGGUCAGGCUGGAAUCGCUCUCGCCUGUUUGAUUGUUGCCAUGGCUACCGUAGUGACAACCAUCACUGGUCUCUCCACCUCCGCCAUCGCCACCAACGGAUUUGUACGAGGAGGUGGAGCAUAUUACUUGAUUUCGAGGAGUCUGGGCCCAGAGUUUGGAGGUUCUAUUGGUCUGAUCUUUGCCUUUGCCAAUGCAGUGGCUGUAGCCAUGUAUGUGGUGGGCUUUGCUGAAACUGUUGUGGAACUUCUUGCUGGUGUAGAUGCCAUUAUGACUGAUGAACUCAAUGAUGUUCGUAUCAUCGGCACCAUCACAGUGAUCCUUCUCCUGGGCAUCUCUGUGGCAGGAAUGGAAUGGGAGGCCAAGGCCCAGAUAUUCUUGCUCAUUGUCCUCAUCGCAGCCAUCAUUAACUACUUCAUCGGAACCUUCAUUCCUGUCAAGUCGAAGGAAUCUGUGGGCUUCUUUGGCUAUGACGGUACAAUCAUGUGGGAGAACAUGGGUCCUGACUUCCGAGGCGAGACGUUCUUCUCCGUCUUCUCCAUCUUCUUCCCUGCAGCCACUGGUAUUCUGGCCGGAGCCAACAUUUCAGGAGACCUGGCUGACCCACAGUUGGCCAUUCCCAGAGGAACCCUUCUGGCCAUAGUGGUCACAGGAAUAGUCUACCUGGGUGUUGCUGUUUCAACAGGCUCCUGUAUCGUGAGAGACGCCAGUGGAAAUGUGAAUGACACCGUCAGUUCUCAGUUCAUGGCGAACUGCACUGAUGCUGCCUGCAAAUUUGGCUAUGACUUCUCUACGUGUAGGAGCGACACAGAGAGCUGCAACUUUGGACUCCAGAAUGACUUCCAGGUGAUGAGCAUGGUUUCUGGCUUUGGGCCCAUCAUCACUGCUGGAAUCUUCUCUGCCACUCUGUCCUCAGCUCUGGCCUCGUUAGUCAGUGCACCUAAAGUUUUUCAGGCUUUAUGUAAGGACAACAUCUACCCCGGCCUGGCCAUGUUCGCCAAAGGCUAUGGCAAGAACAACGAGCCCCUCCGAGGCUACAUCCUGACCUUCGUUAUCGCUCUGGCCUUCAUCCUCAUCGCUCAGUUGAACGUAAUUGCCCCCAUCAUCUCCAACUUCUUCUUGGCGUCCUAUGCCUUGAUCAACUUUUCUGUGUUCCAUGCCUCACUGGCUAACUCCCCAGGAUGGCGUCCCAGCUUCAAAUACUACAACAUGUGGGUUUCUCUUGCUGGAGCCGUCCUGUGCUGUGUGGUGAUGUUUGUCAUCAACUGGUGGGCUGCUCUGCUCACCAACGUCAUCGUUCUGGGGCUUUUUAUCUACGUCAGCUACAAGAAGCCAGAUGUGAACUGGGGCUCCUCGACCCAGGCGCUGACCUACCACCAGGCCCUGACCCACACUCUGCACCUCAGCGGAGUGGAGGACCACAUCAAGAACUUCAGACCCCAGUGUUUGGUGAUGACGGGUUACCCCAACUCUCGGCCAGCUCUUCUGGAUCUGGUCUACAGCUUCACCAAGAACGUAGGCCUGAUGAUCUGUGGUCAUAUUCGCACGGGCUACAGAAGGCCAAACUUCAAAGAUCUGGCCACAGACCAGGCGCGGUACCAGCGCUGGCUCCUGAAGAAUGAGACCAAGGCUUUCUACACGCCGGUGUUUGCAGAGGACAUGAGGCAGGGCGCACAAUACCUGCUGCAGAAACUGCUCUACCCAACGAGCUAG